AUAAGCACUUGAAAUUCAAUGGCAUAAAACCAAGUCAAACCAGGAAUGGGAUUUUUAAAAUGUUUUUGGUCUAUUUUUAGAUCAUGAAGAAUAAGUCCUAUUCAUGUGCUGGGAGAAAUCUGACCCAUAUUCCUGCCAGUCUUCCCUUCACUGUGAUCAAUCUGGAUUUCAGUUUUAAUUUCUUAAACUCUUUAACUAAGUGUGUAUUUCCUUUAUUGUACAAUCUGCAAGUCUUGGAUCUAACAAGAUGUCACAUCCAUUAUAUUGAAGACGAUGCUUUCUACAAUGUGAAGAAUUUGACAGCUUUGAUUCUCACUGGGAACCCUGUUACACAAUAUGGACUUGAUUGCUUUAAUAUCUUACAUAAUCUACAGCGACUGAUUCUUGUGGAUGUCGGUCUCACUUCCCUACAGUUUCAUAUGAACAAUCUGACCAAACUACAAGAACUUAAAGUUGGGACAAAUAACCUUCAGUCCAUGACUCUCCCUCCAUAUAUGAGCAGUUUUACAGACUUCAGUAUAUAUGAUCUACAUGCUAAUAAUAUAUCCAUCAUAAAAUCUGAUCAAACCAUUGUACUGCGAGAGAUUGGCAGAAACAUGACAUUAAUACUCUGUAGGAAUCCUUUAUUAUACAUUGAACCAGGAGCUUUCAAAGACAUUUAUUUAAGAGAGCUGGACAUACGAUCUGCAUUUGUUUCAUUGACUGCACGGCAGGGAUGUCUGAAAGCUCUUCAUGGCCUCAUUGUUGAUAAGCUCUUCAUUGGAAACUACCGAAUGGAGAAGACAGUUAAGGUUACUGAUGCAGAUUAUCUUAAUGGUCUUUGCUCAAUUCAAUUCAAUGAAAUAUAUUUUGUCCAGAAAGAUUUCUCUGUUUCUAAAAUGCAUGUCUUCCGCUGUAUGGUUAAUGCAACAAGAAUCACAAUAAAAAAAGGAUAUAUCAGUAGCAUGGAAAAUCUCCCAUUUCCCCAUCUUAAGGAACUUUAUUUAGGGCCGACUGGUUUAUCUGCCAUACCAAUUAUUUCACAUAUACAUAGCUUAGAAAAACUGGUGGUGAAAAAUACCAAACCAAUGAUAUUUUACGGGCUGUCUGAUUUGCCUCUUCUACAAUAUGUAGAUCUGAGUGGCAACCUGAUGAAUUUAAAAGACUGCUGUUCCCAAUUUUUUCAAAGGUCACCAAAUAUUAGAUACAUGAAUUUUAGUCGCAACUCAGAGAUAGGAAUGGCCGAUAGACCAUUUUUUGGACUUGACUUGCUUGAAGUGCUUGACUUCCACCACACAAGACUCGCCAUAGUUUACCAAUCGGACGUUUUACAAGGUCUCCGAAAUUUACGGUAUCUGGAUAUUUCCUACACCAGUGUUACUUUCACAAACUACAUGAACUUUAAUGACCUGAGGAAUCUUACCGUGCUCAAAAUGAAUGGAAACAGUUUCAAAGAUGACACGUUAAUCAAUAUGUUACGAAAUCUAAUCAGUUUGGAAGUUCUCGACAUCUCGCAUUGUGGCAUUGAAAACAUUUCUAGGACAUCUUUGAAAGGCAUGCAGAGAUUACGUCAUUUAUAUUUAGGUCAAAACAAGUUGAUGGCUUUGGAUUUUCUUGUUCAGCAAGACUUGAAACAACUCACGUCGGUUUAUGCGGAUAAAAACAGCAUUACUAGUAUCUCACUUGAUGUUCUCCAGACGUUGCCCACAAACCUUUCAGUGUUUGAUUUGUCCUCUAACCCCAUCGACUGCUCCUGUUCGCAGAUGGAUUUUCUUUUGUGGGUCAUGGAAAACAGGGAAAUUCUUAAACAAUCAGAUAAGAUUUUCUGCAAAUCCUCUUCAUCGAGCUUUGAUGUUAGGGCAAUUGACUUCAACAUUAAGAACUGUGGGUUUAAGGCAUGGCUCACAAUUGGUUUUGCUAUGUGUUUUCUCACUGUCCUUUCUGUUUUAUCAGUCCUAGUUUAUAGGUUUCAGUUUUAUCUGAAAUACUCAUGUGCACUACUAAGAGGUUACAGGUCUGCCAGACAACAAGAAUUUGCCUAUGAUGCAUUUGUGAUUUUUUCAAGCUAUGAUGAAAUGUGGGUCAUAAAUGAACUGAUGGAAAAUCUUGAAAACGGCGUUCCACCUAUUCAGCUUUGCCUUCACAUGCGGGACUUUGAAGCCGGAAAAUCCAUCGCCUCCAAUAUUAUCGAUGAAGGAAUAAUGGGUAGCCGUAAAGUCAUUGUGGUUGUGUCUCAACACUUCAUUAACAGUGAUUGGUGUCGAUUUGAGUUUGAAAUAGCUCAGUCCUGGUUUGUGAUGGAACGCAAUGCCAACAUCAUCAUCAUCAUUCUGGAAGAUGUGGAGGAGAGGAAGACUAAGAAAGUGUUUGGUCUUCAUAAACAUCUGAAGAAGAACACAUACCUGAAGUGGAGUAGAGACCCGCUGAGUAAAAUGAGAUUCUGGAUUCGACUCCGGAAAGCGAUUAUUGCCACAAAAUAA